UUUAAAGCCCCCACAAGGACGGCUGUAGCUAGACACCACCACCCUCACCAUGAGCCCCAGGCAGCCCCUGGUCCUGGUGCUCCUUGUGCUGGGCUACUGCUCUGCAGCUCCCAGACCACACAAGCCCACCCUCGUGGUCUUCCCUGGAGACUUGAGAGCUAAUCUCACUGAUAAGCAGCUGGCUGAGGAGUAUCUGUUUCGCUAUGGCUACAGUCAUGUGGCCGAGAUGAACGACGACAAGCAGUCCCUAGGUCGGGCGCUGCGGCUUCUCCAGAGGCGCCUGUCUCUGCCCGAGACUGGAGAGCUGGACAAAACCACCCUGGAGGCCAUGCGGGCCCCGCGCUGCGGGGUCCCGGACCUGGGCAAGUUCCAGACCUUUGAGGGCGACCUCAAGUGGCACCACCACGACAUCACUUACUGGAUCCAAAACUACUCGGAAGACUUGCCGCGCGACGUGAUCGACGACGCCUUUGCUCGCGCCUUCGCGCUCUGGAGCGCAGUGACGCCGCUCACCUUCACUCGCGUGUACGGCCCCGAAGCCGACAUCGUCAUUCAGUUUGGUGUUAGGGAGCACGGAGAUGGGUAUCCCUUCGAUGGGAAGGACGGGCUCCUGGCACACGCCUUUCCUCCGGGCCAGGGCAUUCAGGGAGACGCCCACUUCGACGACGAAGAGUUGUGGUCUCUGGGCAAGGGCGUCGUGGUUCCGACCUACUUCGGAAACUCAGAUGGCGCCCCCUGCCAUUUCCCCUUCACCUUCGAGGGCCGCUCCUACUCCGCCUGCACCACGGACGGCCGCUCCGACGACAUGGCCUGGUGCAGCACCACGGCCGACUAUGACACCGACCGCCGGUUCGGCUUCUGCCCCAGCGAGAGACUCCUCACCCAGGACGGCAAUGGGGACGGCAAGCCCUGCGUGUUUCCAUUCACCUUUGAGGGUAAAUCUUACUCCACCUGCACCACCGACGGCCGCUCGGACGGCUACCGCUGGUGCGCCACCACGGCCAACUUCGACCGGGACAAACUCUUUGGCUUCUGCCCGACCCGAGUCGACUCCACGGUGACCGGGGGCAACUCCGCAGGGGAGCCAUGUGUCUUCCCCUUCAUCUUCCUGGGCAAGGAGUACUCGACCUGCACCAGAGAGGGCCGCGGAGAUGGGCACCUCUGGUGCGCCACCACCUCGAACUUUGACAGAGACAAGAAGUGGGGCUUCUGCCCGGACCAAGGUUACAGCCUGUUCCUUGUGGCCGCCCAUGAGUUCGGCCACGCACUGGGUUUAGAUCACUCAUUGGUGCCGGAAGCACUCAUGUACCCCAUGUACAGCUUCACCGAGGGGCCCCCCCUGCAUGAGGAUGAUGUGAAGGGCAUCCAGUAUCUGUACGGUCCUCGCCCUGACCCCGAACCACAGCCUCCAACUGCCCAGCCCACCGCUCCACCAACCGGCUGCCCUACGGGACCUCCCACUACCCGCUCCUCAGAGCGCCCCACUGCUGGCCCCACAGGCCCCCCUGCAGCUGGCCCCACGGGUCCCCCCACUGCUGGCCCUUCUGAGGCCACUACAGUGUCUUUCAACCCAGCAGAGGAUAUAUGCAAAGUGAACUUCUUCGACGCCAUCGCGGAGAUCCGGAACCGGCUGCAUUUCUUCAAAGAUGGGAAGUACUGGCGAUUCUCUGAGGGCAAGGGGCGCCAGGUGCAGGGUCCCUUCCUUAUCACUGACUCGUGGCCGGCGCUGCCCCACAAGCUGGACUCCGCCUUUGAGGACCCGCUCACCAAGAAGAUUUUCUUCUUCUCUGGGCGCCAAGUGUGGGUGUACACAGGCGCGUCGGUGCUAGGCCCCAGGCGUCUGGACAAGCUGGGCCUGGGACCAGAGGUGGCCCAAGUCACUGGGGCCCUCCCGCAAGGCAGGGGUAAGGUGCUGCUGUUCAGCUGGCAGCGUUUCUGGAGGUUCGACGUGAAGACGCAGACCGUUGAUCCUAAAACCCCCAGCUCGGUGGAGCAGCUGUUCUCCGGGGUGCCCCUGAACUCGGACAACAUCUUCCAGUACCAAGGGAAAGCCCACUUCUGCCAGGACCUUUUCUACUGGCGUGUGAAUUCUCGGAAAGAGGUGAACCAGGUGGAUGAAGUGGGCUACGUGACCUUUGACUUACUGCAGUGCCCCGAGGAUUAGGGCUUCCCAUCCUGCUUCGGCACUGCAGAGUGGAUCCUAGGGGGACCAUCCCAAUGGGGAAGGAGCCAGUUUGCCGGAUACAAACUGGUGGGUUUGUUCUGGAGGACAAGGAAGAGUUGAGGUGGGCUGGGCCCCUCUCUUUCCACCUUUCUUUUUUGCUGGAAUGUUUUUAAUAAACUUGAAUUCUUUAACCUUGA